GUGAAGCACCCGCCGGUCCGGAAGGAGCUGACGAUAAUUAGGGCCGCGGCAGCCAUCGCGCUUUGCAGUUUGGUGUCCGAGGGAGUAAGGCCAACGCUAAGAAAGGAAUUGCGUUCUCUCCAAUCGCAGAUCCUAUAAGAUUUGGAUAUGUCCUUCAUAUUUGACUGGAUUUACAGUGGUUUCAGCAGUGUGCUACAGUUUUUAGGAUUAUAUAAGAAAACUGGUAAACUGGUAUUUCUUGGAUUGGAUAAUGCAGGAAAAACAACAUUACUACACAUGUUAAAAGAUGACAGACUUGGACAACAUGUCCCGACGCUACAUCCCACUUCAGAAGAACUAACCAUUGCUGGCAUGACGUUUACAACUUUUGAUCUGGGUGGGCAUGUUCAAGCUCGAAGAGUGUGGAAAAACUACCUUCCUGCUAUCAAUGGCAUUGUAUUUCUGGUGGAUUGUGCAGACCAUGAAAGGCUGUUAGAAUCAAAAGAAGAACUUGAUUCCCUAAUGACAGAUGAAACUAUUGCUAAUGUGCCUAUACUGAUUCUUGGGAAUAAAAUCGACAGACCUGAAGCCAUCAGUGAAGAGAGAUUAAGAGAGAUGUUUGGUUUAUAUGGUCAGACAACAGGAAAGGGCAGUGUCUCUCUGAAAGAACUGAAUGCCCGGCCCUUAGAAGUUUUCAUGUGCAGUGUGCUCAAAAGACAAGGCUACGGAGAAGGCUUCCGCUGGAUGGCACAGUACAUUGAUUAACAGCAGUCGGCAUCAGUUCCAGGUCUCACUAUUCAGGCCUACUCAGAGAUUUGAUCACUCAACAUGCAUAACUUGAAUUCAAUAGACUUUUGUUGGUUAGAAAACAGAUGUUUUUUAGAUUAUUAAUAUUCUAUCAACUUAAUUUGAGUGAGAAUUGAAAACUGAUACAAGUAAGUUUGAAUAUCACAAUGUUAGCUUUCUAAUUCCAUAAAAAUAGUUUUUACAGUUUAUAAUCUGACAUUACCCUCAGCACCAUUUAUAAAGAGCAACUUUCCAGAGUACAUUUGAAGCACUUUUUAACAUGAAACUACAAAUAUAAACCAUAUUUAAAAGCUCAUGAUGUUAAAUUUUUUAUGUACUUUUUUGGAACUAGUUUUUAAAUUUUAGAUUAUAUGUCCACCUAUCUUAAGUGAACAGUUAACAAUUAGCUUACUGAUUGCAUGAUGCCUUAAAAUUUUCAGUAUUUUUUCUUAUGCAAACGUCAUGCAAUAAAACAAACUCUAAUGUUUGGCAUUCUUGUUGGGCAAAUGUUUCAUUGUAAUGUGUCUUAUCUAGUUAGUAUGCUCUGAAAUUUGGCCUGUUUCAUAUUAUACAUAUGAGGGGGUUGCUGGGAAAGGAGAUUGCUUCAGAAUAUUAGAAUAAUGUUUAAGUCCCAAGAGGCUUUGCAUUUACCAGGAGACAGUUGUUUGAUUAUACCUUAUACCACAUUAAUCUCUGAAUCGUACGUAUUUUCAUCAGUAACACUACCAUUACCAGUGCUGAUGGGGUCUGUGUCCUGGUCCCUGUCAGAUCGGCCUUCUGAGGAAAACCACGCCUUCUGGUACAACACAAGGUUCAUUUUUGGUUUGAUAGGCCCAUUCCAGUUGUCUGGUUCUGAAGUGCUCCAGUCUUAUUGGCGCGUAGUUUGGUAAUCUGUGCCUCUUCCCCACGAGUAGUGACAGGCACCAGUCCCCCACAGAUAGAGGUACUCCCCAGUCUCUUCAUACUUAAUGGUACUCAACCAGGGCAAGUGACAGGUGGGAUCUUGUGCGCAGUUUCAUCACAGAGGCCUGCAUCUGAGGAAAAAGAAAGGCUGUUCUGCUUCAGUUGUCACUGAGAUAUGUGGGGAUUUUGCUCCUAUCCCAUGGCUCUUUUGCAUUCUUUACCAUAUUUGAUUUCUUGGUGGGAAGAAAAUGAAUUCAUGUAUUUUUCUUUUUUUCUCAGUUACUCUCAACUAGCUCUUACUUUAUAGCACAGACGCUUUUGUUUUUGGAUAUAAUGCUUACCAUGUGAUAGUGUCUACAAGCCUCACUGACAGACUUUCUAAUAAGAUUUUAGUUAGCUUUUUAAAGCAUUUUAAUUUCCUAAGAAAAUUGGGUUCUUUUUUUCCCUGAGAUUUCCAUAAUUAGAUGAAAAACAAGUGCCAAAUAUUUAUUUUUAAAGACUCUCAAGUUUAAGAUUCCUCCCUUGGUUAUAAACCAAGGUUUUAUAGUAUUUAACUAAUUCCAUUGAGAAUAAAUUGCUCUAAUUCCAUCAAAAAUAAUUUUAAUAUCAAAAUUAGUGUUUUCUCUAGCGGUUGCCCAAAUCAGUCCUUUCUGUCAUCAGUAAUAUAACAUGAGGCAAAUAAGGAUUGAGGGAUGUACCUGGAAGGAAUUACUAGUUAGCUAAAUCAACAAGGUUUUUUCACCGUAACAUUUGGUUUUAGGAAUGUAGCUAUUCUGUUCCACUUUCAGCUUCCUUCUACAUGAAAAUAAAGAAGCCCCCUCCCUGCCUAGAACAUCAGUAGCACUAUGGGUAAAGUAGGAAAUGACAUUUCAGCCUCUUGUUCUAUUCUGCCAGGUAUGUUUAAAGUACUCACUUUAAUGUCCUGACUGAACAGAAUGAAGCCUUAUUAAAAGUAACUGCCUCUCGCUGAUGGUAUCUGUUCUCAGUAUUUACAGGGACAUGCCUUUCUUCAAGUAUUUCCUAGUAUCUAUUGUGAUACUUGAGAAGUUAAUUGUUUGUGUUAUAAAUUGGUGUACAGGAAAAAGCUUUCUGGUUUCUCUAGAGGGGAUUUGCUUCCUGGUACGAAAUGUCUUGCUCCAGAACGCUCACUCUAGGUCUGUCACUGGGAUCAAAGAAACAGAGUCACUUUCUGGACCACAGUUAAACUGUGGAUAUUUUCCCAGUCAUGUGAGAGUCUUAGGGCCUGAACCUCUGGAAAUAAAGCUGCACGUAGCAGCAGCGAGCUUUCCGCCAGCUCCCGGGAAGUGGGACUGACAGUCCCCCAUCCAGCUCUGAGAGCGCCUCAAGCACACACCAGGAUCCCUGGUUCUUUCAGGAAAGUAAGUUAAGAGAAGGGCAAGAAGCAGUAGAAGCAUAUAUUCUCUCUACGUGCCUGUGCAGGUGUGUGCAUUUGUGGAGUAUUUUUCAGGUAAAUGCUAGUCUGGGGGACAUGGGUUAAUUUUGUACCUCCCACUGCAAAUGGUGAACAUGUAAUUAACACUAUUGUAUUACAAGACUGGAGUUCAUAUAAAGCAGGAAGUGUUCAAAAUAUAUUUUAGAAUCUUAAGUCCAAAACUCUAAAAAUAUUAGACCUCAGCUGGCUUUUCUAUUUUUAAAGAGACUCUUAACCCCACACCUGUUUCAGUGACUGCUGGUAUACUUUUGAGUAACUGGUUACAUGGAUGGAUUCCAGUUUAUCUCGGUGAAUUUUUAGAAUUGGGAUUACAGCAUUUUAAAAUUGUGGCACAGACAUUUCCUAAAGCAGAGGGAAAAAAUAUUCUGCACCAUUGGCUUAGUUGACCCAGCAUCUCUGAGUGCCAAAGAAGUAUGAAUUUAGAUGUUGCCUGCAUAGAUCUAAAUUUUAGUUUUGUGUGCCUGUGUAUGCAUACCAAUAUACUGUGGUUUACAACUGAUACACAGAACAUUGUUUCUUUUCCUUCAUUUUCAGCUGGCUCACACUUCUCUACAGUGCUCAUAAACUACUUGUAAAUCAUUAAAAUAGGGUAAUAGCUGUGAUAAUAGUGUUUCUUGCCUUCUGCAAAAUGAUUUGAUUAACCACAUUCAAUUCCAGCAUUUUGGAAAGUUCCGUCAUUAAAAACAGUAUACUUCUACUUGACAUGAUUUAAGAGUUUCAGGAGAUAGGUGUACAUUUUCUGAAACUGUAUAUUAUAUGUGACUCAAUGUGGAAUUUCAGUCUUGUUAGUUAACAUGACUGAAGUUUGCAAGGACUUAUUGCCAAAUAAAUUUUGACCAGAAUAUAAUGAAAGUAGCUAACAUAAAGGGAAGUCAUUCAGAUUAGCUCAUGUUGAUUUUAUUUAGAAUAUAUUGUUUGGAUCAUUUUAAACAUGUAAAACAUUCAAAAAAUCUCCAAGAAAGCAUUAAAAAAUAGAGAUUAGCAAAUAUAAACUUAUUGAUGAAAAAUUAAUAGGGAAUUAAAGGUUUUUUCUAUAAACCUUUAAUUUUUUAUUUAAUUUUUUUUUUUUUUUUUGCUAUAAAUUGAAGAGUGCAGAAAACUGUAUCUUCAAUUAACUAAAUUCUCAAAGCUACAUAUUGAUGCUUCUGGUCACUUUAGUCACUGUGCUUCUUUUGAAAUGCAAAUUAGUGCUUUAUAACCAAAAAAAGAAAGAAAGAGAAAAAGAAAGAGAGAAAGAAAGAAAAAGAAAGAGAGAAAGAAAGAGAGAAAGAAAGAGAGAAAGAAAGAAAGAAAGAGAAAGAAAGAAAGAAAGAAAGAAAGAAAGAAAGAAAGAAAGAAAGAAAGAAAGA